CAGGGCUCAAGUACAAGUGACUCAAAGUAUAAUGGAGCAGUUUCAUCACGAUGUUGCUUAUCAACAACAGUAUCCAACGCUCGACCACAAUCCGUGACAGCUAGGGGUGGUGAUGACCCUGCUUCAGCCAUUCCAUCAACCUCCUCUGGGACGUCGAUGACUAGUGGUGGUGUCGUUAUUGGGCAAACGAUAAGAAGCACAUCAUCUGCUAGCCAUACCUUUUUAUCAGCGGAUACACUUCCAGAUAUCCGUACCAGCACCCCUGAAACCAGUGUUGGUAGAGGUACAGCUGACCUUGGACAUCUUUUUCGGAACAUGACGGGAAGUUCUCCACGGUUGUUUGAUGAUCCAGAGGAGUCAUCGAGGGAGGUCAUCUUAAACCUGGUUGCUGUACAACCAGAAAGACCUGAGGAGGAGGAACUUCAAUCCAGGGAUCAUGGAAGUGAGACCCCAGAUUUGUUGGAUGAUAUCAUGGAUGCACAACCAAUGGAGAUCCAUGAACCUGUCCCUGAUGAAGCAGAAGUACAAGAACAAACAAUUCAAGGAAAUGUAGAGCCAGCAGAAACACAAUCUAAUGAAAGACCUGUGGUACCUGGCAACAAUGAAAUUGAAGAAGUGGAUGAUGUCUGUCUCAAUGAAAUGAUCUCUCUUGCUAGACAAUAUAGGGUGGAUCAUAGAGAGUUACAGAAUGUUUUAAUCGCACACCUGGACCGAAGUGCAUCAUUAGCAGAAAGACAAUUGCAGUUAGACAGAGAGAGGUUUGAUUGGCAGAGGCGAAUGGACGAGGAGCACAACGAACAGAUAAACCGUUCAUUACGCCUCGCAGAACAAACAAUGAAUUCUCUCCUGUCCAUUAUUCGUGAAAGACAGGGUCCUUCUGAACCAAAUAGGCCAGGACAGUAGUGAUAGACAUCUUUAUUAAUUGUAUUAAUAACUUGAGUUUAUACUGUUUUUGAUGUUGCACUUUUUGAUUUGUUUUAUAUUUUUGUUCAAAAUAUAUUUAUAUUUUCGA